AAACAUUUCUUACAGCGAUCAGUCACAAUUUAGCGUGCGGUGGUUAAAGCCGUGUUUAAAGCUCAAUAAGGAAAGCGAAAAUUUUAAAGCGUGAAGAAAUAGAAAACAAGAAAAUUGUCGUAUUUGUCGUCAUUGCAACGUCAAACAUACCACAAAAACCAACAACAAACACAACAAAAGCCACAUUGCUGUUUCGCCUGGCCGCCGACUGUCAUCCAUACGUUGUUCGCGCCUACUUUUUGUACGUCCAUCUCUUCACUCAUAUUUUCUAACAUUCGUCACAGUGACGUUCAACAAUCGUCGCAGUUUUUUCGUUCCGCCUCUUGGUAAACAUUCACAUUGGCGCCGCCAACAAAUCUUAAUUACGCGAUGGCUGUCAUCAGCGAGCAUGGCAGCAGCACUGAGGAGUUAUCGCUGAAGGAGCAGAAUGAGAAGAAUCUGAAGAAUAUCGGCACUGUGCCGGAAUUUUUCGCACAUAAAAAUAUUUUCAUAACCGGUGGCACUGGCUUUCUCGGCACGGUGCUAAUUGAGGAGCUCUUGGAUACACAUCCCGAUAUUGGCACCAUCUAUGUACUAGUCAGAGGAAAGCGCAAGUUUGAUCCCAAUGAGCGUAUCAGUCGUUUGCUGCAGAAGCCGAUCUUCCAAAAGUUCAAUGAGAAAACGCUAGCCAAAGUGGUGCCCGUCGUCGGCGAGUUGAGUGAAGUGAAUUUCGGCUUCAGCGAGGUGGUGCUCAACGAACUCAUCGACAAGGUGAAUGUGAUCUAUCACAGCGCAGCUACAAUUAAAUUCAGCUCUCCACUACGUACAGCUAUCAAAACAAAUUUGACUGGCACAAUGCGCACCAUUGAAUUGGCAAAAAAAUUGAAAAAUCUCUCUGCCUAUGUUUAUUUUUCAACUGCAUUUUGUAAUAGCAACAAUCGUGGACUGAUUGUUGAAGAGGUCUACAAGUCACAAUUUGAUCCAUAUGAAAUGAUGAAAAUCGCUGAAGAUGAUGCUUAUUGGGAAGAUUUCACAGAUGAGAAAUGUAAAGAGAUUAUACGCGAUCAUCCCAAUACAUAUACAUUCACAAAGAAUCUAUCGGAGAACUUACUAAUAGCGGAAAUGCCUGGCUUGCCGGCGGCCAUUGUGAGGCCAUCGAUUGUUUACGGCACCUGGGAGCACCCGAUGAAGGGUUGGGUUGGCAAUGCCAAUUCCGGUCACCUUGGCUACUUGGCCGGUUUCGUUAAGGGCCUCUUUCGCACGAUGUGCGGUCGCGCAGCAUCUGUCAUCGAUAUCAUUCCUUGCGAUUUUGUGAUCAGUUCUUCCCUAGUUAUGGGCUGGUAUGUGGGCACACAUCCCAUCGAACAACCCGAAGUGAUACACUGCACAUCGGGCGAGUUAAAUCCGCUGACACUCAGUGAAUUCUGCGUCAUUAUGAACGAAAGCGUGAAACGGCAUCCACCGAAUAAUUUCGUCUGGAAACCGCAUACAAAAUUGCGUAAUGGCUGGCGCUAUAAUCUCUUCUUCUAUCUGUUUCACAUACUACCUGCGAUUGCUUACGGUGUACCGGAAAAACUAUUCGGCGUUGGCAUGCCACAGCAUACCGCUCUCGAGUACAUGCGCGUCUUCCACAAGGGUACCAAAGCGUUCGACUACUUCCUAGACAAAGAUUUUCGCUAUUCACUCAAAAAUGCUUUACGCAUAAUGUCACUAAUGCAUGAGAGCGAUAAAAAACGUUACAACUUCGAUUCUAGUCAGUGCGAUUGGUCUGAGUUCAUAGAUCGUUGCUUGAUCGGUGUGCGCCGUUUCUACUUCAAGGAGGCGGCAGAGACCACAGAAUGGCAUCACAUGUAUUGGACAGUUUUCAAUAUCAUACACUAUGCUGGCUUCGCGGUACUCUUUCUCUUUAUCUUUGUCAUAUGCGGUUUGCUUUUCGGCCUGACCAUCGGACUUGCGCUGGCGCUAGCCAUUUGGGGCUUUCUGGUGUGGCUAUAAGCGUAGGCAGUGCGAUGAUUUAGGGCGAACGUAUUGUUCCAACAACACUCGCUUUAGCCGCAAAUUCACCUCACCACAGCAAAACAAAUUAGCAUUUUAGUUUAAAAUUUUAUUUUUUAAUCAAUUUUUUUCGAUCAAACGCGACGCUGUCUGCGUCAUUUUCUAUAUAAAUAAUUAUUAAAAACAACAACUAGUACAAGUCAUUGUUAGACGAGAAAGGGAAAUAAGAUACUUGCAAGCCUAUACACAAAAUAAAAAUAUAUGUGCGUAUAUCUAUGUAUAUUUUUAAGAAAGAAUAUAAAAAAAAAUUAUACAAAUAUUCUACUUUAGUUAAGUAAGUACAGAAUUUUGUGAAAAAACACACAUUUUAUUAUAAGAUUUUUUUGUUGCACGUAGACCGGGUAAGCGAUGUUUUUCAGGAAAUAUUAUUUAAAAAAAAAAAAA